UACUCGCCGCCGCUUCAAAGGAUUCUAAAACCUAGAGUUAAAAAGGAAAGGCAAGGCAAGGGGAGGGGUUCAAAAUCACCUUUCUUCUGUGCAGCAUUCAAGAGGCGGACGACACGGAGGCUCUGGUUUCGGGAGAUGGAGAGCGCAGCAGCGUUGCCGGGGCUUCAUCCAGCCACGAAUCAUCUUUUCUGUCCGUCACGCAGCGCUGUCAGGCUCCUGCUUCUGCCUCCGAAUAGUUCCAGCGCCAAGAGGCAGUUGUUUCGUCCUUCGCCCCUCAAGGGCAUGUCGACGAUGCAGUUCCGGACGCAGUCCCUUUCCUCUUAUAGCAUAUAUAGCAGCAGUUCUGGAGUUGUCGCUCCCACUAGUGAUGUAUCAGAGGACUUAGCUGACAUAGAUUGGGACAAGCUUGGAUUUGCUUUCAUGCCAACUGAUUAUAUGUACAUAAUGAAAUGCUCACAUGGACAAAGCUUUACUAAAGGUGAAUUACAACAUUUUGGAAAUAUUGAGUUGAGCCCAUCAUCCGGGGUCUUGAAUUACGGGCAGGGAUUAUUCGAAGGUCUGAAAGCAUAUCGAAGGCAAGAUGGUAAUAUUUUGUUGUUUCGGCCUGAAGAAAAUGCAUUGCGGAUGAGGAUGGGCGCGGAGCGGAUGUGUAUGCCUGCACCAACAGUUGAACAGUUUGUGGCUGCUGUAAAGGCCACUGUUUUAGCAAAUAAACGAUGGGUUCCUCCUCCCGGCAAAGGUUCCUUGUAUAUCAGGCCAUUGCUAAUGGGAAGUGGAGCAGUUCUUGGCCUUGCACCAUCUCCUGAGUACACCUUUCUGAUUUAUGUUUCACCUGUUGGGAAUUAUUUCAAGGAAGGUAUUGCACCAAUUAAUUUGAUUAUUGAAACUGAAGUGCAUCGAGCAACCCCUGGUGGCACCGGGGGUGUAAAGACCAUAGGAAACUAUGCUUCGGUACUGAAGGCACAAACGGCUGCUAAAGCCAGAGGCUAUACAGAUGUUCUGUACCUUGAUUGUCUGAACAAGAAAUACCUGGAAGAGGUCUCCUCUUGUAACAUUUUUGUUGUUAAGGGUAAUCUUAUCUUGACCCCUGCCAUAAAAGGGACAAUCCUGCCUGGCAUUACUCGUAAGAGUAUAAUUGAUGUUGCUCGGAGCCAAGGAUUCCAGGUUGAAGAACGACUUGUAACGGUAGAUGAAUUGCUUGAUGCUGAUGAAGUUUUUUGUACGGGAACAGCUGUUGUUAUAUCACCAGUUGGCAGCAUAACUUAUCAUGGUAAAAGGGUGUCUUUCAGUAAUGGUGGAGUUGGUGUCGUGUCACAGCAACUAUAUCGUGCACUCACUCAACUACAAAUGGGGCUUACAGAGGACACUAUGGAUUGGAUUGUGGAGUUGUAGUAGACUUUCUGAAGUAGUUUUUGUUCUGGUCUGGUGUUUUGUUGAAUCUGCUAAGGCGGGCCUCUUGCUUUAUUUGUAUUUCGGAGAUUGUAGACAGGAUUUUAGUAUUUUGGAGAUUGUAGACAGGAGUUAAUUAUGAAUAAACUCGUUGCAUGUGCUACUACUUUUA